UGUGUGAUGCGUAAGUUUGACACUGACAGAUUUUAUUUAUAAAGAUCACAUUCUAUGUUUCCUCUCUAAUCAAUUUUCCAAAUCACGAUACAUUGUUAAUCAGCCACUUCAUUGCGCAUUAUUACCGAUCUGACUCUGUCCCUGGCCACUGCAUCCGUAUCAGUUGCUACUAUUNUGUUAUAAGCUGAUAUCAUGGCUGUUGAAAAGGCUGGAAUCGCCAAUGAUGUUACACAAUUGAUUGGCAAAACCCCACUUGUAUAUCUUAAUAAAGUUACCGAUGGUUGUGUUGCCCGCAUUGCUGCCAAACUAGAAUUGAUGGAGCCAUGUUCUAGUGUCAAAGACAGGAUUGGCUACAGUAUGAUUGCUGAUGCAGAAGAGAAGGGGCUUAUAUCACCUGGAAAGAGUGUUCUGAUUGAACCAACAAGUGGAAAUACUGGCAUCGGAUUAGCUUUCAUGGCCGCAGCCAAGGGUUACAAGCUCAUAAUUACAAUGCCUGCUUCCAUGAGUCUCGAAAGAAGAAUCACUCUGUUGGCUUUCGGGGCUGAGUUGGUUCUGACAGACCCUGCAAAGGGAAUGAAAGGAGCCCUUCAGAAGGCUGAAGAGAUUGUGGCUAAGACUCCCAAUUCCUACAUGCUUCAGCAAUUUGAAAACCCAGCCAACCCCAAGAUACAUUAUGAAACCACUGGCCCAGAGAUAUGGAAAGGCUCGGAAGGAAAAGUCGACAUGCUUGUAUGCGGGAUAGGUACUGGUGGUACCAUCACUGGUGCAGGGAAAUAUCUGAAAGAGCAGAAUUCCAACUUAAAGUUGAUUGGUGUGGAACCAACAGAAAGUCCAGUGCUCUCAGGAGGAAAACCUGGUCCACACAAGAUUCAGGGGAUUGGUGCAGGCUUUGUCCCCGGUGUAUUGGAAGUCAAUCUUCUUGAUGAAAUCAUUCAAAUAUCAAGUGAAGAAGCUAUAGAAACUGCAAAGCAACUUAUGCUUAAAGAAGGCCUGUUUGUGGGAAUAUCUUCUGGAGCAGCAGCAGCUGCUGCCAUGAAGAUAGCAAAAAGGCCAGAAUAUGCUGGAAAGCUUAUUGUGGUUAUUUUCCCUAGCUUUGGAGAGAGGUACCUGUCCUCUGUUCUAUUUGAAUCGGUUAAACGGCAAGCUGAAAGCAUGACUUUUGAGCCCUGAAUUCCAUCCACCCUAAGCUCUUAAGUUGCUUCAGAUGGAGAUUGAUCAAAUAGACGCAGCUAGUGAUCCUAGAAAACUAUUUUCUGUGACUCUGCAAUAAAUUUUGCUUCAAAAUACUUGAAAAAGGAAAUUUGAAUCUUGAACUAUUAUUUUAAGCUGUCAUUUUUCAUUUUUCAUUAAAUAAGUAAAAAUAAGAAGGAACAAGCAAAGCUAAGAAGUAAAAAGUAAUAUUGUAUUGAUGAAGCAUGCAUGCAUAUUGCAUAGACAGUAGAACAGCAGCGUCCCUCUCUUAUGCGUGCCCGUCUUUCUUGAUUUUGUGAUCACCAACACCUACCUUUUGUCAGCAUUUCUAAAUCCCAAUCUUCAUUUCCUUCAUGGAACUCCCACUCCUCCCUCAAUUAUUGGGACCACAGAGUGGUAGUAGGAGGUCAUGUGCUGAAGAGAAGAAGAAGGGCUUUGUGGAGAUCACGGAUGGUAAGUGAGGUGGUAACUCAUCAUCACACGUGUCAGAGUCUGCUAAAGACGAAUAAGAACAAGUCAUCGUCGUCUACCUCCAUGCUUGAUUGGUGGUGUUGUGAUGGGCAUUGAGGAAUGUUGGUGAAGCAGAGGUGAAAGCGUUUAGAGAAAGAGAAAAGCUUCCACAUUUCUGAUUUGUAGAGGGAAUAAGGCAAUAAGCAUCUUCCUGGAGUUGCUUUAAAAGUAGUAGUACAUUUUAGGCAUGUUCAAGACCGGCCCACCCGGACUCCAAGUAUAUUUUAUCUGUUUUGGUUUGUCAUUUUUAUUCGAUAGUCGAUACUAUUUUUGAA